CGGAUCAUGAUUGGACAUGCUCCCUAAGGGAUGGGGUCUGUAGUGACAAGUACAUCAAGAUACAGAUGUCCUGUUUAAAUAACGAUUAUUUCCAGUGUGAUCCUGGAAACUGUCUGGACAGUUGUGACGGUAUGUAUAAUCUUAACGGAUCACGUGUGUGUAUGACAGGAUGUCCCAAAGGAUAUUACGAAGGUUAUAACAGGUUGUGUGUGCAGUGCCCCCAUGCUUGCGAUGGCUGUUCUGGACCGUCUAAUACGGACUGCUCUUCGUGUCGAUUCGCCCGUCUUGGAUUGUCCUGUGUCUCGAAAUGCCCCGUGGGGUAUGUUCUGGACGCAUCAGCGCCUGCCACCUGUAUCAGACCUGACGAGUGUCCAGGUUACGUCCUGAAUUCUUCUUCUUGUGUUGACCAGUGUCCGUCCGGUUUCUAUCCUGUCGACUCUGCCCAUCCACCGUACUGUGAAAGGUGCAACUCUCUGUGUAAAACGUGUUAUGGGACAGGGACUGAUCACUGCGAUGCGUGUUCCAAAUUUCGAUAUGAUUCCAACUGUGUUUCAGUUUGUCCAAUGGUAGCGCCUACCAUAUAUAACCAAGAUUGCCUGGCUGAAUGUCCCUCUGAUAACGGUUGCAAGACUGUGUGUGGUGAUCAGUUCGUCUGGAAGACAAAAUGCGUAAAAAAGUGUCCCGCUUCGGAGGCCUAUUCCCUGAAUGGGAUAUGCGUGACUAAAUGUCCGAAACUCCAUUUCGAAUGGAAGUGUAUGGACGUGUGCCCUCAAGGUAUGUUACAGUUUAACGAUCAAUGUGUGAAAAUAUGCCCGCCAGGAUAUUUCACCGAUGAGGUGACGUGUGUAAAGAAAUGCAAACACCUGUCUUAUGGGACGUCGUGCAGGGACGCAUGUCCAGGUAACUUACCACAUUUUAACGGCAAAUGUGUGUAUCACUGUCCGGAAACACUUCAUUUCAUAAAUCCCAAGAACAAUGAAUGUACAUCGCAUUGUCCGUAUGUGGUUUUCCAGAAUCAAUGCUUGCUCCAUUGCCCCCACAAUUACUUUUGGUCAGGUCAGGUUUGCAGUUUCUGUGAUAAAAUGUGCAAUGGGUGCCACGGGCCUGGUGCGAAAAAUUGCAUGACCUGUAGGUAUGUUAGUAAUAAUGGGGUUUGUGUGCGAGACUGUCCUGAUCACACCGUCAAUAAGACGUGCGUAUCCAAAUGCCCACCGGGAACCUUUGUGGCCGGGCAAAGAAAGACGUGUUUGGCAUCCUGUCCUAAUGACUUGCCGUUUUCCUUUCAUCAAGAAUGUUUAGCGUCUUGCCCAGAAAGCUCACCUUACCACGAGGAUGGAAAUCAGGCCUGUCUUGUGGAGUGUCCCAGGAAUACAGUGCACCUCCAGGGAAAGACUCUUUGUCAAGAAAGUUGUCCAGACGAUAUGCCAAUGACAGCAAACCAUCUUUGUGUUAAGGAAUGUCCACCAGAUCGAAAUUUCACCUACCAGAAAGAAUGUUUACCGAAAUGUCCCCGAGCGACUAUCUUCAACGAGCACAAAGAUAUCUGUGUCAGUUGUGGGGACAAUUUGUUCGCCUACCAGAAUGCCUGUUACUCACGAUGUCCUUUGGGGACAAGAGGAACAGGUAUAGAAACACAAACAGGAAGCGAACGUGAAGAGUGCGUUCCGAAUGAUGCCUACGUGUUCAUGUGGACCGCCGUUGUGGUUUUUGGGCUGUUUGUAGUUGUCCUGUACAUAAUCGUCUGUCGACCCCCAAGAAAUAGUGUCCAGAGGAACGGACAGCCACUUGUUCAGCAGGAUGAGGAAGACUUUAACAGAGCCGAGAAUAAUAAUGACGUCAUUGACAUGACUGAUGACGCAUAUCAUGACGCACAUGACAUGGACAACGACAGAACACCUAUAUUGCCAUAUGCACGACAGGGCAGAAAAAGAAUGUCAGAAGCCAACCAAACCAGGCAGGGAAUAUCCGGGAUAAAUGAACAGGAGGAAAUCUGCCAUGAAGACACGAUCUGUCAGCCUUUACCAGAAGAGCGUAAGUGGACAAAUGAUGGGGUUGACACAGAUGAUCUUCAUCACCAGUCUGCCAGUACGUUUUCUUCAGCUGACUGCACCGAUGUGGUUCACAGAACUGCUGACGUCAUUGUUCAUGAUGCCCCUCGCUUAACAGCCUUCCCCACGGGAUCAGGGCGACCGAAUCCUUACAACUCAAUGGGUUCUAAAACACUCUGCUCUAAUCCGGAGAUCGAGCAGAAUGGGGGUCGAUCUCUCAUAGGGUGGUUAUCCAAGAACGACACCAAUGCCAAACCGACGUCGGAAACCUCCGGCUGGGAAAGACAACUGAACUCAUUGGCUUCAAAUCCCACGUACGCCGAAUGCACUGCAGGAGCCAGGCCCAGGAUUUAUCUUAGUGAAAGUUCCUUAAAGCCUCUCUCCUGCGAUUCUCCUCGAUUCCAGUCGGAUAAAAACGACGCAGACGUCUCCAUAUUGGCCAUGCAUGAUAACACAGCGGUUGACGAAACAUCACCAAGUCCUGUAGGCUGUACGACAAAUCGACGCUUGAUUUGCAAAGGCGGCAUGAAAGGGAACCCUGAAGGUGGCAGUCCAAUCAGCGGAAACGAGAAUAACAAGAAGCGCUUUGGACAGGAUCCGUGUCGACGUGAGAAGCAUGUUGUUGAAGAUAUCGUGGGUCUUGUAAACACGGAUCCUGCUGAUCCGACAAGUGGAUCUUUACAAGGCAUAAAUGACGGCGAAGAAACCUUGCUGAAGCAUGUGUAACUCCGAGAUCGAAACCCAUUCUCCUCCAGAUCAGGCAAGAAAUUCACUUCCUUCAAAAUGGUAAAUGAUUCUGAAGGUAAAACUAACUGAUACCGUUACAAUAAACCAAGGUAAACAUGCAAAAGCCUGGAUUGUUUGCCAACAGGCACACUGCCGUCGCUGCUAUUGCUUUAAUCUCUAUGCCCUUGUCUUUUGUGUUGGAUAUUUCCAUGGACCAUUUUCUCCUUCUCCUGCAUGCAAUCCGGGGGAACCUGCAUAUGGUGUUGAAUUAAUACAGUAACUGUUUAAAGUUCAACAUGUCUAACAUAACCCAUUAUUUACACAUUCCAUUAUUUGUAAGCCAUUGUAUUGCAACUUAUGGAGAUGAGAACUGAACAAUUGCGUUUGUAUGGAUUAGCUUAAUAUACUUUGUUUGAGGCCUCCCUGGCUGAGGUGGUUAGUAUGCCAGCCUGGCAAAAUGAUACAGGAGCUUCUCACAGUGCGAUCGCUCUACGUUCAAGUCCAGUUCAUAAUGGCCAGCACCUCUCUGGUCAUACCAGCGAAGGCCUGUCAGCAACCCGCGGAUGCUCGUGGAUUUUCCUGAUAUAAUUACAGCAUAGAGAGUAAAACCAGAGCAACGACGACAGUGUGAUAGCUGGCAAAUGGUCACACGUAACCGGAGAAAUUAGACCUUCCGUCAAUUUACUUCAGAUAGGGUUUUGUUCUAAUUGUUCAUUUAAAUGCAUAAACAGUAGCAAAUUACACGCCCCAAGCACUAUGGUUUAAGCAAAAUUAGGUAAAAAUAAAAUGCAAUAAUGUUAAUUGCAAUAUAUUAGACGUCAUUGGUCUAGAACUACUCAAAAU